GUGGUGGCUUUCAUUACACACGCCAAUUUCUUCCCUUAUAAACUCCCUUCUUUCCCAUCACUCCAUUUUAUUAUCUCCUCAAAACCAAAAACAACAACAAAAAAAACCCCUUUCUCCUUCUUCUUGUUCUUCCUCUUCUUCUUCUUCUUCCGAUUUCCCCAUACCCAUCUCGAUUUUCGCCUCCCCUUCAUCAAUUUCCCUCGAAUUUUGCUUUAAUUCGAAUCCCGAUCUUGAAUCCCCCAAUACCCAUUUCGUGUUUUCGUUGAUUUCUUCAAGAUCGUCGUUCAUUCAUGGGAAAUUGCUGCGCUGCCCCACCUCGGGACCAUGAGGACCUGAGAAAAGGAAAGAGGAAGAAGAAGCCGAAUCCCUUUUCAAUCGAUUACGGCGUUAACCACUUAGCCGCCGGCAACGCCGGCAACGGCGGCAGCCAUAAGCUCACCGUUUUGACCAACCCCACCGGUCGUGAAAUCGGGCUUCAAUACGAACUGGGUCACGAGCUUGGCCGUGGGGAGUUUGGAAUAACGCAUCUAUGUACCGAUAAGGUCACCGGAGAGAAGUUCGCUUGUAAAUCGAUUUCCAAGAAGAAGUUGAGAACCGCCGUGGAUAUUGAGGACGUGCGGCGGGAGGUUCAGAUUAUGAGGCAUUUUCCGAAGCAUCAGAACAUUGUUAGCUUGAAGGAUACGUUUGAAGAUGAUAGCGCUGUUCAUUUGGUUAUGGAGCUUUGUGAAGGAGGUGAGCUGUUUGAUCGGAUUGUGGCUCGUGGACACUACACUGAACGUGCUGCUGCUGUUGUUACAAAGACCAUUGUUGAAGUUGUUCAGAUGUGUCACAAGCAUGGCGUUAUGCAUCGGGACCUAAAACCCGAGAACUUUUUGUUCGGAAACAAGAAGGAAAACGCACCAUUGAAGGCAAUUGAUUUUGGACUGUCAGUGUUCUUUAAACCUGGUGAAAGAUUCAACGAGAUCGUUGGAAGUCCGUAUUACAUGGCUCCUGAGGUUCUAAAACGGAACUAUGGCCCCGAAGUAGAUGUCUGGAGUGCUGGAGUUAUACUCUACAUUUUGCUUUGUGGUGUCCCUCCAUUUUGGGCCGAAACCGAACAAGGAGUUGCACAAGCAAUCAUACGAUCGGUUAUCGAUUUCAAGAGAGAUCCUUGGCCUAAAGUUUCAGAUAAUGCAAAAGACCUCGUGAGAAAGAUGCUCGAUCCUGAUCCAAAGCGGCGGCUAACUGCACAAGGAGUGCUCGAUCAUCCAUGGCUACAAAAUGUGAAGAAAGCUCCUAAUAUCUCCUUGGGAGAAACGGUGAAGGCAAGACUUAAGCAGUUCUCUGUGAUGAACAAGCUGAAGAAAAGAGCUCUAAGGGUAAUUGCCGAGCACUUGUCGGUCGAGGAAGUCGCCGGUAUAAAAGAGGGAUUCGAUAAGAUGGAUACGAACAAUAAAGGAAAGAUUAACAUAGACGAGUUACGAGUAGGUUUACAAAAUUUAGGCCAUCAAAUUGCUGAUGCAGAUCUUCAAAUUCUGAUGGAAGCUGGCGAUGUAGACAAGGACGGUUAUCUCGACUGUCGAGAAUUCGUAGCGAUUUCGGUUCAUCUUAGGAGAAUGGGCGACGACGAAGAGCAUCUAAGAAAAGCCUUCGAUUUCUUUGACCAAAACCGGAGUGGUUAUAUAGAAAUUGAAGAACUACGAGAUACCUUAGCCGAUGAGAUCGAUGGAAAUAGUGAAGAAGUGAUUAACGCUAUUAUUAACGAUGUUGACACGGAUAAGGACGGGCGAAUAAGCUACGAGGAAUUCGCAGCGAUGAUGAAGGCAGGCACAGAUUGGAGGAAAGCGUCGAGACAGUAUUCUCGAGAGCGGUUCAAUAGCUUGAGUCUGAACUUGAUGAGAGAUGGAUCAUUGCAGUCAAAACAAGGAGAAGAUAGAUGAUUUCUUCACAAACAAUCACUCAUUCAUUCAAAGGAGAACUUAAAAAUCUUUGGGUUACUUCCAUAAUUCUUUGUUUCUUUCAAUUUUCUUCUCCCUCUUCUGCUUCUUCUUUGUUCUUCAAAGGAUAUAAGAAGGUGGGAGUUUUGAUGCAUUUCUGGAUUUUGUUGUCCUUUUGAAUGUAAAUAUCUGAAACUUAGCACUUGAAGGAGCGUUUAUCGUGUUCUUGUUUACGUUCAAAUUUUACCUGACUGUUUAUGAGUAGAGAUGUUCACGAGACGAGAUAACGAAGCCCUUUCUCGUGGGUAACUUUUCCUUCGA